UUCGCUGGUUUCCUGACAGCCAUGGAGAAACUGAAGAUUCUGUUCGCUGUCGUCUUUUCUGUGGCAACGGCCUCAGCGGCCUCCCUGGGCGUGGUACAAACAGAAGGAGGUGGUGUUCAGGGACUAAAUAUCCCACUCGGCCUUUUGCGCUCUGUGGAUGUUUUCAAAGGCAUUCCCUUCGCCGCCAAGCCUGGCACAUUUGAGAAACCCCAACCUCACCCUGGCUGGGAUGGUAUACGGAAGGCAACAAAGUUUGCCUCGAGAUGUCUCCAGAUCAGCAUGCUUCAGACUUCAAGUUUUGGAAGCGAAGACUGCCUCUACCUCAACAUCUGGGUUCCUCACGGCCGACAUGUGUCAUCAGGUCUCCCCGUCAUGAUUUGGUUGUAUGGAGGAGGCUUCCUGGUCGGCGGUUCAAUGGGGCCCAAUUUUCUCAACAACUAUCUGUACAGCGGUCAGGAAAUUGCAGACAAGGGCAAGGUUGUUGUGGUGUCUGUGGGAUACCGUGUGGGCACCCUGGGCUUCCUCAGUACAGGCGACUCUCUCCUACCCGGAAACUACGGUCUGUGGGACCAGCACGCCGCCAUCGCCUGGGUGCACAGGAACAUCCGUUCGUUCGGAGGAGACCCCGACAACAUCACCAUCUUUGGAGAGUCUGCAGGCGGAGCUAGUGUCAGCUUCCAGACUCUCUCCCCCCACAACAAAGGGCUGAUCAAGAGAGCCAUCUCCCAGAGCGGUGUGGCCUCCUGCCCCUGGGCUCUGAACAGGAACCCACGCAAGGCUGCAGAGGAGGUUGCUGAGAAUGUCGGCUGCCCCGCUGAUGACCGGAUGGUGGCCUGUCUGAAAUCAACCGACGCUAGGAAUCUCACCAUGGCCGUUCCCCGCGUCGCACAAGGCUCCCCAGACUACCCCGGUGUGACAAACCUGCUUCUGUCUCCCGUUGUUGACGGCGACUUCCUCCCUGAUCGGCCGGCCAACUUGUUCCACAACGCUGCUGAGGUCGACUACCUCGCAGGGGUCAACGACAUGGACGGACACAUCUUCACCUUGCAGGACAUUCCUUCCCUCGGUGACAAGAAUCAAGAGACUCCCGUAGAAGAUGUCAAGAGGCUCCUUACUGCUUAUACCAAAGAGAUGGGGCCAGCCGCUUCGGAGAUUGCCUUUGCUGAAUAUUCAUCCAACUGGGGAUCAACACCCAGCCAGGACAGCAUUAAGAGGGCUGCUGUGGACAUUGGGACUGACUACAUCUUCCUGGUUCCUGUACAGACUGACAUCUACCUGCAUGCAGCUAACGCCAGGUCAGGCCGUACCUACUCCUACCGGCUUUCCGAGCCCAGUUUAAUGGCCGGACCGGGCAAACCCUACCAUGACUGGGUGGGAGCCGACCACAUGGAUGACCUGCAGUACGUGUUUGGUAAACCCUUCACCACUCCAAAGGCGUAUGGGGACCGACACAGAGAUCUGUCGGGCUUUGUCAUUGCCUACUGGACUAACUUCGCCAGAACUGGAAACCCCAACAAAGGAAACCUGAAGGUGCCUGUGACCUGGCCUGCAUUCACCAGCACUGAAGCACAGUUCCUGGACAUCAAUGCUAAGAUGAACGAGAGCUCCACUGGACGGGACAUGAGACUACGCUUUGUUCGCCUCUGGACCAGCACCCUUCCCAGCCUCCCAUCAUAUGGUGCCGCAGACGCUCAGUGA